AUGUCGAACAUAUUUUUUCCCUCGUUUCCACCAAGCAUCUCCGUAAAUGAGUUAAUAAAGCCUAGGAAUCGUAAACAUAAACAGCCAGCCAAAGCGCCUAACGCAUUUAUGAUAUAUCGAAUUAACUAUUGUCGCGAAAUUCGGAACGAUCGAAAUAUCUCUCAGCCAAAAAUUUCUUCUAUGGCAAGUCAAGCAUGGGAGCAAGAGUCUCAAGAUGUCAAAAGAACAUACUUCGAGUUUGCCAGACAGGCUAAAGAGAUUUAUUUAGCCCGGAAUGCUGAAAAUCACGUAAUUGAUGACGGAGAUAUCGGUAGCAGUCAAUCACAAAAUGAAGACGUUCAAGUGCUAACCGAAAGCGACACCUUGAUCAAUAUUCAACCAAACAGAAUUACUGAGGAUAUUAAUACUCUCGUAUCUGAAACCGAAGAGACAUCUUUUGAUAAUUCUAACUUUAAUAUCAACCUUAUGCAAUCUCGCAUUGCUUUUCUUGAGAGCGAACUCGUCUCAAUGAACGUUAGGUUCUCUCAUGUUACUACUCUUAAGAACGAAGUCGUCUCAAUAAAUGCUAGGCUCUCUCAUGUUGUUACUCUUGAAAACGAGUUCGUCUCAAUGAACGUUAGGCUCUCUCAUGUUGCUAUUCUCGAGAACGAACUUGUAUCAAUGAAUGCUAGGCUCUCUCACGUUGCUGUGCUCGAGAAUGAACUAGCUUCAUUGAGACAAACUAUAUCAGAAUUAAACGCUCAAAUCCAAUUUUUAAUUUUAUCUAGCAUUUAG